AGAGAGGGCCAGAUAGCUGGAAAGAAACAGGAACAAGAUACCAACCAUGAGCUCCAGCCAGUCAGGGGUCUGCCCAUGCCAGGGCUCUGCAGGCCGCCCAACUAUUCUGUACGCACUUCUGAGCCCAAGCCCCAGGACCAGGCCUACUGCGCCUGUGUCUCGCAGCCACUGCCUGUGCCAGCAGCACCGGCCUGUGCGUCUGUGUGCUCCACACCGCACCUGCAGGGAGGCCUUGGAUGUCCUAGCCAAGACAGUAGCCUUUCUCAGGAACCUGCCAUCCUUCUGCCACCUGCCCCUUGAGGAUCAGCGACGGCUGCUCGAGGGCUGCUGGGGCCCUCUCUUCCUGCUUGGGUUGGCCCAGGAUACUGUGACCUUUGAGGUGGCUGAGGCUCCGGUGCCCAGUAUACUUAAAAAGAUUCUGCUAGAGGAACCCAGCAGUGGUGCCCAGGGUGCCCAGCCUCCAGACCCGCCACAGCCCUCACUGGCUGCUGUACAGUGGCUGCAGCGUUGCCUGGAGUCUUUCUGGACCCUUGAGCUGGGUCCCAAGGAGUAUGCAUACCUGAAGGGCACUAUCCUCUUCAACCCAGAUAUGCCAGGCCUCCAUGCCUCCUGCCACAUCGCGCAUCUGCAACAGGAGGCUCACUGGGCACUGUGUGAAGUCCUGGAGCCCUGGUACCCAGCUAGCCAAGGCCGCCUGGCCCGAAUCCUCCUCAUGGCCUCCACCCUCAAGAACAUUCCAUGCACCCUUCUGGUAGAUCUCUUCUUCCGCCCUAUCAUUGGCGAUGUUGACAUCACUGAACUGCUUGAAGACAUGCUUUUGCUGAGGUGACCUGCAGAAUGGGGUCUGAUGCCUCCAAACGGGAGCCCGAAAGACAGCACUCAGCUCCCCUGGAGCAGCCCUCAUCCCAGCCACACCCACAGCUUGGACUUCCUUGGUUUAGAUGCAGUGUGUACUACUAACAGUCCAGCAAGCCCUUGAUGGCUCCCAAAACCUCCGGGCCAAAAUUGCUUUCCCUGCCCGGGUAGAGAUGGGAGCAUGAGGCUGUACUUCAGGCCUGAAUCUCUCCUCACUUUGUAUAGAACUAAAUUAAGUUAUUGGAUUUUGUAAUAAAAGGUAUGACCUGCUGA